AUGGUGCAUGCCACGAUGACAGGCGCGGCGGCGCAGGCAGAGUAUGACGCAAGUGCGGAGGUCGAAGCGCUGGGUGCCGCGUGCAAGCCCGCCAGCGGCGCCCAGGCGCAGCUGACAGGGGCCGUCGCUACGUGCCGGACGGCGGCCCGCGGCUCUGACGCGGCGGCGCUGUGGGUGCUGGGCUGCGAGCUGCGCGCGCGCCACGGCUACAUCGUGCGACACCGCACCACCCUGGGCCCCAAGCAGCCCCACGCCUACCUGCACCUGCUGCGCCACUCCUUCCUCCUCGUGCGCUGCGGCGCCGGCGCGAGCAGCCAAGGCCCCCAGGCCCCCUGUGACCUGGUGGUGGACCUCAACUUUCGGGACGCCUUCACGCAGGCCAAGUCGCGGCCCUGGUAUGACUCACUGCUGGACGCCCUGCCGCAGGACUUUGUGGGCCCGCUGGAGUCGCUGCUGCUGGCCGCCCACAUCAUGGCGGCCGCCACGCGCCUGCUGUUCCACCAGCUGGGGGCGCCGCUGCCGCCCUGGCGGGAGCCGCGCGCGGUGCUGUCGCGCUGGGUGCCGCCGGCGGCGGACGGCUUUGAGGACGCCCUCGUCCCGCUGCUGCCCGCCACAGAGCAGGUGGGGCUGCGAGGGCGUGCCCGCAGACCGCUCCCUGUGAACUAG